AUCAAAUCAAGGAUGAACAAGACCCAUUAGUCAGAAUGACAAAUGGUGAUGUAAAAGUCCAAAAUAUAUUGCUCAUGGGCCAGCUAUCAAGAAACACCCUGCUGUGCUGUGGUGUGGCGAAUGAAGGCAUUUUCAACCAUAAACAAGGUUUUUCCACCAUGUUUGGAAAGAAAAAGAAAAGGCUGGAAAUUUCUGGACCGUCAAAUUUUGAGCACCGGGUUCAUACUGGAUUUGAUCACAGAGAACAAAAAUUUACAGGACUACCUCAACAGUGGCACAGCUUGCUAGCAGACACCGCAAACAGGCCGAAGCCUAUGGUGGACCCUUCAUGUAUCACACCCAUCCAGCUUGCUCCCAUGAAGACUAUCGUUAGAGGAAAUAAACCUCAAAAGGAUACUUCAAUCAAUGGCCUGCUAGAAGAAUUUGACAAUAUCUCAGUGACACGCUCUAAUUCCCUACGGAAGGAAAGUCCUCCCACUCCACACCAAGGAAACUCAAACCAUGUACAAAGCCACCAGGAAGAAAAUGGUUAUAUCACAUAUUCUCAGUAUUCCAGUGAGUCGGACACCAUGACAGACUAUGUCACUGAAAAAUACAGAGAUAAGAGUCUUUAUGGGGAAGAGUUAGACAGAUACUGCCAAGGUAGCUUCACCCCAAAACAGAAUGGACACGUGAUGAAAACAAAACCCAGAGACACCUGUUAUUCAGAAAUUAAGCCCCUGAAGUCAGACAUCUCAAGGUUCCUUCCAGAUUACCAUACACACAUGGAAACAAAAAGCAAACCAGUUGAGUACAGUGGCCUAAAGUUGGAAUAUCAAAGGAUUCUUAGUGGAUCGUCUCUAGACUACAGAGAAUCCUUUCACUACGCUCCAUCUAGAACUUCAAUGCAGAGUGAGUGCUCAAAAGAGAGACUGGAAUACAGUGACAGCGACUGGGGAAAUGGACCAGACAAGGAUGACUAUGACAAAAGACCAAAGUCAUCCUAUGUAAACCAGACAAGUCCUCAGCCAGCCAUGAGACAGAGAUCCAGAUCAGGUUCAGGUCUUCAGGAACCAGUCGUGCCAUACGGAGCAAGUGCUUUUAAACCAAAUCAGCAAGGGCAUUCGUAUAGUUCAUACACCUACCCUCGCUUGUCGGAAACGGCAGGAGGCAUUCCAAAGGUGGAGUACGAUCGAGCUCAGAUGGUAGUUAGCCCACCACUAUCUGGAUCAGAUACCUACCCUAGAGGCCCAACAAAGCUACCUCAAAGUCAAAGCAGUAGCUGUUCAGGCAGUAGCUUCCACUAUCCUUCAGUCUAUCACAAAACGUCUCAUUAUCACCAGCCAACCCUCCAGUCAAGCUCUCCUUAUAUCUCCACGGCUUCUUACCCAAGCUCCCCAAGUAUCACGUCAAGUGCUUAUCCCCCACCCAGCUGGGGUUCAUCCUCCGAUCAGCAGCCCUCCAGGGUAUCACAUGAACAGUUCAGAGCUGCCCUCCAGCUCGUUGUAAGUCCCGGCGACCCCAGAGAAUACUUGGACAACUUUAUCAUAGGAGAAGGCUCCACGGGGAUCGUUUGCAUUGCCACUGAGAAGCACACAGGAAAGCAAGUUGCAGUGAAGAAAAUGGAUCUCAGGAAACAGCAGAGAGAAUUACUCUUCAAUGAGGUUGUAAUAAUGAGGGAUUACCAUCAUGAAAAUGUGGUUGACAUGUACAACAGUUAUCUCGUGAGCGAUGAGCUCUGGGUUGUUAUGGAGUUUCUGGAAGGUGGUGCUUUGACAGACAUAGUGACGCAUACAAGAAUGAAUGAAGAGCAGAUAGCUACAGUUUGUCUGUCUGUACUGAGAGCGCUGUCCUACCUGCACAAUCAAGGGGUUAUUCACCGCGAUAUCAAAAGUGACUCUAUACUUCUCACGAGCGAUGGAAGGAUAAAAUUAUCGGAUUUUGGGUUCUGUGCCCAAGUUUCCAAGGAAGUUCCGAAAAGGAAAUCUCUGGUUGGAACACCAUACUGGAUGGCCCCAGAGGUGAUUUCCAGACUGCCUUAUGGAACUGAGGUGGAUAUCUGGUCCCUUGGUAUCAUGGUAAUAGAAAUGAUAGAUGGAGAACCACCUUAUUUCAAUGAGCCACCUCUUCAAGCAAUGCGCAGAAUCCGAGAUAACUUACCUCCACGAGUGAAGGACAUACAUAAGGUUUCCUCAGUGCUCCGAGGCUUCUUAGAUCUGAUGUUGGUGAGGGAGCCCUCCCAGAGAGCAACAGCACAAGAACUAUUAAGACAUCCAUUUUUGAAACUGGCAGGCCCUCCUCCUUGUAUUGUGCCACUCAUGAGGCAAUACAGGCACCGCUGAAUUGGGUGAAUUUUCAGGCGGAGGUGUGUACAAAAGUUGGAGAAAGACUUGCCAAGGAAUCCAGAGCUUGUGUGGAAACCAUGGAAAAGUGCAACAUUACAGAAAUUCAUCAGAGUCAGAGCAGCUCUAUGGAAAUAAUACAGUAUACAAAACAAUGAGGUGCUCUCCUGGGUUUAAAGGACUUGCGACGUUCCUUCACCACCAAAUCAAACAGUCAUCUGUUGGCUUCUAGCACUGUUGCAUGAAGCACGUUUUCCACAGGUAGUCUCUUAGCCUUUCAGCCAUCAAAGCAGAUGGACUCAGUUACACAUGCGGUUGGGGGGUUGGUGUGUGAAAGAUAAUAGAUUAUAGCACAGGAUAAAACACCAGAAUCUUAUUGAAAAAGUAAACGAUAUGACACUUCUAUUUCAGAAGAAGACUUUUCUGGCAAAAAAAGCACUUUUUAUGUCAAUCAUAGCAGUGUAAUGUAUUUUGAAAUGAAUUUGUAAUUUUCUGUAUAGUACUUUUUUGAUAAUUUACAGUACUUUGAUGGUAUGUACCCAUCGUGCUAGCUGAAUUAAUAAGAGGAACUUAGCAAGCGUUUGAACAAAACCUUUCCUACUUUUUUAUCCCUUCUGAAGACAGAAAAAAAAAUCUUUAGGAACUUAGAAUGUUGGCAGAUUUUCCAGGAAUUUAAAUAACAGACACAGAGAUGGGUGCAGACAGUACUGAUAAAAAUGAUGCUUUUCCCAUCACACCACUGAAAUUAUAGUUUUAAAGAUUUGAACAUUUCCAGAAUCACUAGCUCUGAUGAGAUAAUUACGGUCACGUAAUAGAAAGAAGUGCUUAUGUUGAAUGUUAUAAAUUAUGAGUUUUUGUUUCAUAUUAUUUUCAGAGCCAUGUAUCUUAGCACAUCAAACUCACAUACAUUUGUUCAAAAGAUGGUUAAUAAGAAAGGAUCAUCUACUAGCAAUAUGGCAGAUUUUUCAUUUAGUCUAUACUGACCUCGUUAUCACAGAAUAAUCCCCAUUAUUUAUAUCAUGUGUCAGAAGUCAGAAAUUGACUGUAAAGGUCAAAUUACCAAGCGGGUAUUUUCCAAAUUUCAAACAGACUGUUGUAAUAAUGUUAUGAUGUGUUUUCCAUAUAGAAAAAGUUGUGCUACUGUGUAGACCUUUCUGAAUGUUGAUAGAACAGUUGACUACUACAAUAAAUUUUGUGUUGCUUGUUGGAUGAACUUGCAUGUUAAUUGUAGGCCUAAGCAGAUUUGCCUUUACAAUUUUUAGAAGUGUGUCAUGAUUACUUCAAUUAUAAAUAAAUUUUAUUUAUUAAUGAUUAGUUCAUUUUAAUUAUGCAUAAUACAAAAGCCAUGUCUUUUCCAAAUCGUUUUUUCUUACUGACCUCACUUUGCAACACGAUGCUGAACAUCAGUUAAUCCAGUUUUGUGGAAACACUCUGAUUAGUUUGUUUCUUAUUACGGAAUUUUGUUGUGAAUAAGUUGUUCAUUAUUUAUUGUAGUAAAAUAUAAACAAAACACACAGCACUGGCAUGCUGCUGAGCUGAAUUUUCUGAGUUUUCUUCUCAGAAAGAGAUUUUGCGAAAGGCAAAUGAAGAGCCUUCAUUUUUAUACCAUAAAAAAGUUAGAGCAAACAAGAAAAACAAAAUUAAACAAGAA